ACCUCGGGCUCACUUUCACUUGCUGCCUGUCCUUGCCAAGAGCCUCACCAUGUGCACAGGAAAGUGUGCCCGCUUCGUGGGGCUCUCCCUCAUCCUCCUCUCCCUGGUCUGCAUUGUGGCCAACGCCCUCCUGCUAGUGCCCAACGGUCAGACCACCUGGACCAAGGACCACCUCAGCUUGCAAGUCUGGCUCAUGGCUGGCUUCAUCGGCGGGGGCCUGAUGGUACUGUGUCCAGGAAUUUCCGCUGUCCGGGCAGGGGGCAAAGGCUGUUGUGGUGCAGGCUGCUGUGGGAAUCGCUGCAGGAUGCUGCGAUCGGUCUUCUGCUCGGCGUUCGGGAUGCUUGGUGCCAUCUACUGCCUCUCGGUAUCAGGAGCCGGGCUCCGAAUUGGACCACAGUGCUUAAAGGACGGCUCCUGGGCAUACCACUUCCAACAAACCGCGGCGCCCCUCACUGAGGCUCCACGGAUCUGGUCCGUCGCUCCUGGACACCCGCCUGGCCCGCCCCCGCCCUGGAAUAAAGUAUUUAGAGCUCUCUUCCGCGUCUCAGAUUGUGCCCUAUACAAGGAGUGUCCGAAGGUCUCCAGAUACACCGUGGCUUGGGGCUCUUGUGUUUGGGACCCUUGCACCCGGCUUGUUAUUUCCUUAAUAAAUAGUUAUUGAGGGGCUUCCCUGGUGGCGCAGUGGUUGAGAAUCUGCCUGCCAAUGCAGGGGACACGGGUUCGAGCCCUGGUCUGGGAAGAUCCCACAUGCCGCGGAGCGACUACGCCCGUGAGCCACAAUCGCUGAGCCUGUGCGUCUGGAGCCUGUGCUCCGCAACAAGAGAGGCCGCGAUAGUGAGAGGCCCGCGCACCGCGAUGAAGAGUGGCCCCCGCUUGCCGCAACUAGAGAAAAGCCCUCGCACAGAAACGAAGACCCACCCAACA